UUUCAGAUGCAACAACUGUUCCAUGAAAAUUAUGAACACAAUCGGAAGGGUUAUAUCCAAGACCUUCACAAUAGCAAAAUCCAUGCAGCCAUAACCCUUCAUCCCAACAAAAGGCCUGCAUACCAGUACAGGCUGCAUAAUUACAUGCUCAGCCGCAAAAUUUCUGAACUCCGCUAUCGCACCAUCCAGCUCCACAGGGAGAGUGCUCUGAUGAGCAAGCUGAGUAACACUGAAGUGAGUAAAGAGGACCAGCAGCUGGGAGUAAUACCUUCUUUCAACCACUUCCAACCUCGGGAGAGAAAUGAAGUCAUAGAAUGGGAAUUCCUGACAGGGAAGCUCCUUUACUCAGCAGCUGAGAACCAGCCUCCUCGACAGAGCAUCAAUAGCAUUUUAAGGUCAGCACUGGAUGACACCAUCCUACAGGUGAUGGAGAUGAUCAACGAGAAUGCCAAGAGUAGAGGACGGCUCAUUGACUUCAAGGAAAUUCAGUAUGGCUACCGUAGAGUUAAUCCCAUGCACGGAGUGGAGUACAUUUUGGAUUUACUCCUCUUAUACAAAAGACACAAGGGAAGGAAACUGACUGUGCCAGUGAGACGCCAUGCCUAUCUUCAGCAGUUGUUCAGCAAGCCUUUCUUCAGAGAAACUGAAGAGCUAGAUGUCAACAGUCUCGUGGAGAGUAUUAACAGUGACACCCAGUCAUUCUCCUUUAUAUCUAAUUCCUUAAAGAUAUUAUCUUCUUUUCAAGGUGCCAAAGAAAUGGGAGGGCACGAUGAAAAGAAAAUACACAUUCUUGUUCCUCUCAUUGGAAGAUAUGACAUUUUCUUGAGAUUCAUGGAGAACUUUGAAAAUAUGUGUCUUAUCCCAAAGCAGAAUGUAAAGCUGGUCAUCAUCCUUUUUAAUAGGGAUUCUGGCCAAGAUUCCAACAAGCAUAUUGAGCUGAUAAAAGAAUACCAGAACAGAUACCCCAAAGCAGAAAUGGCCCUGAUUUCUAUGAAGGGAGAGUUUUCUAGAGGUCUUGGUCUUGAAAUGGCUUCUUCCCAGUUUGACAAUGACACUUUGCUGCUAUUUUGUGAUGUUGACUUGAUCUUCAAAGGAGACUUUCUCCAACGAUGUAGAGACAAUACAAUUCAGGGACAACAGGUGUAUUACCCGAUCAUCUUUAGCCAGUAUGACCCAAAGGUAACCAAUAGGGGAAAUCCUCCCAGUGAUGAUGACUUUAUAUUCUCAAAGAAGACUGGAUUUUGGAGAGACUAUGGAUAUGGAAUAACCUGUAUUUACAAAAGUGAUCUUCUAGGUGCAGGUGGAUUUGAUACCUCAAUACAAGGCUGGGGACUGGAGGAUGUAGAUCUCUACAAUAAAGUUAUUCUGUCCGGCUUAAGGCCCUUCAGAAGUCAAGAAGUAGGAGUGGUGCAUAUUUUUCAUCCAGUUCAUUGUGAUCCUAACUUGGACCCUAAGCAGUACAAGAUGUGCUUAGGAUCCAAGGCAAGUACUUUUGCCUCAACCAUGCAACUGGCUGAACUCUGGUUAGAAAAACAUUUGGGUGUCAGGUACAAUCGAACUCUCUCCUGACAGUCCAGGCAACACAUAUUGCCUUUUUAAAGGGGAGUUUACCUCAUUGUUGGUUGUUGUUAUUUUUAUUUUAUUAUUGUUAUUUUUAUUAUAAUUAUUAUUGAUAUAAUUUUAUUUUUUUGUCCUGGUCUUAAACUACUCUUGGUUGUCUUCCAAAGGGUGUUUGUUGACCUCAAGAAAGAAGAGUCUGCAGUUCACUGAUGUUUUAGAUUUCUACUGAAGUCAAUGUGUAUUACUUUUAUAUAUCUUUAUUUGAGAUUGAGUUAAAUCAUGGCAAUCAAGUGACUUUUGAGGCUCAUUCAUCACAAGAGACAGCUUAGAAGAAUGUUCUCUUGGGGGUUAAAGAUGCAAUAUUGACUUUUAUUUUGUUUGUCAAAUUCAAUGUGAUACAAAUAUUUACUGGUGAAAGGUACCACAAAAGUGCUUUAUGCUUCCUAUGGGGAAGGGACUCUGUAACAUAAACUUGAGUUUUGUAAUUUAUACAAGGACUUAAAUAUAUAGACGAUAAUUUUCUUCAUCUUUAGAAUUUUUAAAGUAAAUGAACACCUAUGAUUGUAUGUUUAUUUUUUAAAAAAAGUUUUAAAAAUCGAGGAGUUUUGUUCCACAAGCAACCGGUACUGGCUACCCUGGUCUUAUGACAAUUAUGAGCUCCUCACAACUGUCUGCUAUAAAUGCGAAUGAACUUUAUUUUCUCAAGGAAAUAUGAUUUAAUUAAAUAUCCAUGUACAUUUUAGAAGCUUUAAGAAACAAUGUCCUUCAUUUGCUGGCAAGAAGAUAAAAUAUGACAGAACCUGUUUAUUUAUAAUAAAACACAGGUAAAACCGUAUUCUUUUUCAAAAACACUGAAAAUGUUUUGCUGUUUCCUUUUAUAGUCAUACUUGGUAUGUUUCUUAAUGGUCAUAUUCACCAACAUAUGCUUGUUGCGUGUGCUAGAAAAGUUAACAAAGGAUUCUUGAUAUGCUGUUGUCAUUAUUAUGCUUUAAAACCUAACCUUCAUAAGUGAUUAAAACAAGCAAUUUCUUUACUUAAUAAUUUACAGUUCAGGAGAAGCAGUCCUCUUAAAUCUCUUCAGCUUUGGCAUCAAGAUAAUCCAAGAACAGUUCAAAUAUUACUUUUAAUAUAGAUUGGUGGGUAUCUCAAAGAUACAACAAUCAUUGGGGGAAAUUAUGAAUAUAAGAUCAAAUGUACAACUAUUAAAAAAAAACAUGGAAAAUA